AAGUGCUUUUGGGAACUUGAACCAAUGGCAUUGGCACUUACCAGCUUGUUCGUGGAAUUUAUCAAUGCCUCAACUCUAUAUAACUCGGUUGCACCUAAUUUCUCACUGGCUUAAGGGAUCUGUAUACGUACAAAAAAACAACACGAAUUCUUUAAGCCCAUCCUCAGUAUCUAGCUGCUAUAUAUUACCACCUUCUGUCCAGUAAUACAUUGUUGAAAGGCUCUUAAUUCUUCAUUCUAGUUCACCAAAUGAAGAUAUUCGGUUGGAUGCAAAAGAAACUCAGUGGCAGUAAGAAGCGUAAUCCAAUUUCAGUUAAUCAUUAUACCCGGAAAGAAGAAUUCAGUGACUGGCCUCAUGGAUUGCUGGCAAUAGGGACAUUUGGAAAUAAUGCUGCAAAAGAAGAAGAUUCCAAGUCUAACUUUGUUCAAGAAAAUCAACCCCAUGAUAAUCUUGAACAACUCACACCCGAAGAAGUACAGAGCCUUCAAAAUGAGCUCAACUUAAUAUUGCAUAAACAGGAUGGAUCAACGUGUGAUACAGGAUCAGAUAAUAAUAAUAAAAAUAAUAAUGAGCUUGUCAAUGGCAAUCCAAGCCUGGAAGAUGACCAAGAUUGCCGCAGUGACCGUGUAGUUCUUGGAAGAGGGAAAGAAAUAUGUGUGGAUCAUACAAUCAAUGCAAUUAACAAAAGGUCUUUAUCAUUUCUUUUGAAGAAGAUGUUUGUUUGCAGAGGUGGAUUUACACCUACCCCAAGUCUAAGAGAUCAGGUUCCAGAGUGCAGAAUGGAAAAGAUAUUGAGAGCAAUACUUCACAAGAAGAUAUAUCCUCAAAAUCCCAGUUCAACUUCAUCUAGAAAGAAAUAUUUAGAGAAUAAACUGGAGGCUGUAUCUGACAGUGAGGACGAAAUGAACGAGAAUGACGAUAAUAAAAGUAAAUGGGUCAAGACAGAUUCUGAAUAUAUAGUUUUGGAGAUAUGAUAAUUAAAUCAUUCCGAUUAGCUGCAAAGAUGACAUAUGGUAAUACAGACAUUCUUGGUGCUCAGUUAGAAAAAGAAUAAACAACAGUUAUAUACCACUUAUGACUUUUAAGGGCGAAGAACUUUGUGCAGAUACAUAUGAUUCAUUGUGGAAGUUUCGUGCCUAAUUGGUUGCGAUCUGUUAAACAGUUGAACCUAAUCAUUGAGAACAAAGAUGUCUGAAUUUCUUCUUGAAUAAUUCCAGGAAUGACCGGUUAUUGAAGUGUAUAUGCAAUGUUCUACCCAUACAUAAAUCUUGUGCUAUUGUCUGAUGCCUUUGGUACCCAUUAAAUGAUUUUUACCACUGGUUGGUUUUUCUAGCGCUGCUCCUCUCUUCCCGGUUACUUCUUUCUAUUUCUUCUUCCAUUAGGGUAGUAUGAGUGUCCUUGUAGGUUGAGUUUUCAAAUUUUAUACUCUUUUUCUUUCUUUUUCUUCUUUCUAAUGUUAUGUAUACUUUCUAUGAAUUAUAUCAAAUGUGUACAUUGUGGUU